ACACCCUACCUGCCCACGCACACGCAACAUGCCCAUCCCAAUAUACCCAUUCCACGUCCGGGAGGGUUCCGAGCGGCAGGAGGAUGUCAAGCACGUGGCUAAAUCUGUGAUGAAAGGCGCCUGGUUGGACUACCCCACCGAGGACAUCGUCGUCACCACCAUAGGCGGGGGUAUCACCAAUUUACUCUUCAAACUACAGGGACCCCCGGCAGAGGCCGCUAUCCUAGUGCGAAUUUUCGGGAAAGACACAGACGUGUUAAUCGACAGGGAGAGGGAUAACGCCCUUUUCGACGAGCUCGCGAGCAUGAAGUACGCGCCGCCUUUUCACGGACGGUUCAGCAACGGUCGAAUAGAAGGUUUCUUGCCGGCCCGAGCCCUCGAGCCCCAAGAGCUGUCGAAUCGAUCGCCGGUCGACUUUGUGUCGCUCAUCGCGCGAGAAAUGGGCCGAUUACAUGGCCUACAGGUCGCCAACGCUGGGCCGCCUGGGGAGGCCGAGAUAUGGCAAGUGCUGCCCAAGUGGCUGCAACUGGCGAAGGGCUUGACUUUCGAGGACGAAUCCAAGGCGGCUGCCAUCAAGGCCCUGGACCUCGACUGGGUCUGCGAGGAGGUGGAGUGGCUGAGGCAGAAGCUGUGCCGAGAGCCCGACGGUGCCGACAGCGGUGCUUCGGCGACCAGGGUUAGCUCCGCAGCUGAGAAGCGCGCGAAUCGAUUUUUGUCGGAGGUUGUGCUGUGCCACAACGAUCUUUUGAGUGGGAACGUGCUGCACGCGGACGGUUGGGACCGGGUGCAGGUAAUCGACUUCGAGUACUCCGGGUACAACCCUCGGGCUUUCGACAUUGCCAACCAUUUUUGUGAGCACGCCGGAUUCGACUCGAACUUUGAGAAGUCGUACCCGACGGCAGACACGCAAGCGGCCUUCUUGACGGCCUAUGUGCGGGCCGUGACGACUCCCGAACCCAGCACUGACAUGCCGGGUGAGGCGGACGAGACAACGGAGGAGGAAAGCACGGACGCAUCGACGGACUCCCCACGUUCAGACGAAGAGAGUUACGUCGAGGCGUUACGCACAGAAGUGAACCGGUGGGCACUGCCCUCGCACCUCUGGUGGUCACUGUGGGCGGUCGUGCAGGCCCGGUACUCCCCUAUCGAGUUUGACUUCAUGGACUAUGCCCGCCUCAGGCUAGCGGGUUACCGACUUCACAAGAAGUCGUUUUUUGGGAUUGAAGGGGAAAGGCCCGCUGAAGAUUUCUUCGAGUUCAGGGGGCAGAAGCCCUCCUAG